CCUCCUUCCUUCUCUCUUCCAAGAUGGCUUCAGUGGCGCCUUGCCUGGAGUGGGAGCCGUGGAACCGGGUGCACAUCCCGAGCCCGGGGAGUUUGAGCACAGUGGUCGUAGAAGACAGAGAUGGAGUAAUUGGUUCAUACAUUAAAGCCCUGACUAAGGAGUGCCACAGUGUCAGAAUGUCCUUGCUGAGAAAAGGUUUGGAUACAGAAACGGGUGUCUUACAUGCAAUCCUUUACAGUAAUCACAACAAGCUGGGUCGCCACAAGCCGUAUUUGGCUCUCAAACAGGUAGAACAGUGUCUCAAGCGAAUGAAUUGUGUGAAUAUGGAGGGGUCCAUUCAAGAUCUCUUUGAGCUAUGUCCUAAAGAAGAUAAACUUGAAAAUGCAAAAAAGUACAUCAUUCCCAGCCAGCCAGUUUUGGAGUUUGUGUUAAUGAAGAUUUUGGGAACCUGCAAAUUAAUACUACGUUUAUUAGACUGUUGCUGCAAGACAUUUCUCUUAACUGUGAAGCAUCUUUGUUUGGAAGAAUUCAUCAUUUUAAACACUGUUAUUAUAGGAUUGGUGAGCAGAGUAUGGGUCUUGUAUAAAGAUGCUUUUAAAAAACUUGUCUCUUUAUAUAAUCCUUUGUUUAAAUUGCUGCAAGAGGUAUCCAGGAUUCAACCAAUGCCUUACUUCAAAAAUUUUACCUUUCCUGCUGAGCUUAAAGAAUUUUUAGGAGAGGCCUAUCUUGAUGUCAUUAAGAAAAAGAUGGAAGCUAAAGGAGUGACAAAAUUGCUAAACAGACUAUUUCUAGCCAAAGAGAAAUUGAACAAACCUAUUGAAGAAAUAGCCUUAGAAAAAGUUAAACAAAUGAAGAUAAAGGUGAAGGAUAAUGUGGAUAUUGGGAAGGCAGUGCAGAAGAGGAAAAGCCACAGAGAAACAUCAUCAGGAUUUGACCUGAAGGCCUUUUGCAAACAACCAAAGCACAAAGCUACCGUGGACACCAACUUCAAGCUUGUGUGUUCUGAAAGGAGAGUACGAAAAGCCAUCAGCUCAUCCCAGCCGCUGGUGGGAUCCUCUCAUGCCAGAAACCUUGUACUGAGGAUCCGAGAGGCACAGUCUUUUACACAACUUUCAGAAGAAAUCCAAACAGCCAUUUUCUGGUGUAGACGAAAAAAACUGAAGCAUAAAGCCACCUUUUUGGGUAACAAACUUCUAAAAAGUAACCGGCUUAAACAUGUGGAAGCUCAAGGUUGCAGCUUGCCCAAGAAAUUGAACUGCAUAAAAACGUCCGUCUGUAACUUCCUUCUCCUUGGCUUGGGUAACAUGUCUUCAAAGUGCCAUCUGAGACGAAUCACUUCACAGAAUAAAUUUAUAAAGCAGCAGAGGAAACCACAGAGAAAGUUGCAGCCCACUGUUCUGAAGGAAAUUCAACAGUUUCUUCAUCAGACUGAGAAGGUUGUCACAGAGGGAGAUGCCAAAAGCACAUUCUCAGACCUUACAAUUCAUAGACCUGAACUGGCAUCAAAAAAGAGCCAGCUGUUGGACAACAGAAAUGCAAAUCAUAUUGAAAAUUGCAGUGGUGCAGUGAAGUCACCCACAUUGGCUCAAGUAAAGGAAAGUAGCACUACAUCAGAAACUGUCGGAGACGUGGAUGACAUCGAUGAUAUUUUUUCUUCAUUGGGAGUUUAGUUGUACAUAUACAUGUGAAACUGCAUUAGUUUAUUAAGAAAGGAAGCAGCUCAUAAUUAUGUCUGCUAGAUGGGGCUCCAUAGUGCACCGCUGAGUGGUGGGAGUUCUGCGUUGUACCCAGAAGCAAUGGAGGUAUCUGCAUUCAUGCAGAAUCACUCCCCAAGUCCUGAAACUGACUUUAAGAGGCCUCAGGGCCCCUAAGAACUUGGACUGGGUUGAUUUGUUUACCAAGGAUUCUAGGUAGAUUGGCUUUGAGGAAAUGUGUAUAUUUUGCACCAAACUAGGUACCUAAAAAAUCUGCCUUGGUCAGGACCCCUACUCCUCAGCUGGCUCCAGUGGAUCCAGUAUGUUAUGAAACUGGAAGAUGGAGGUAUCCAAAAGGUCACUGUUUGAUUUACUGGCUUAAUUAUAAUAUAAUGAUGUUGCCACUUGUUAUGUCUAUGGGGCAUCAGGAUUUCUUGUUUUGGGUGAUUGUGUUGUCCAGUUUUUAUAUGAUAUAAAUAGAAUUGAUCACCAAGAAAAGUUAGUGUUACCACUGGUCUUAUUACUGGGGCCAAAUUAAAUCAGUUUCCAUUUUCCCAUUUACUUAAGGGUUAAGUGCUUUGAAAUGUUCAAUCUCUCCAAUCUGUGGAGUUAGAAUAUUCUUUACUUAUAUCUCUAUUUUGUUUGAAUAAUAGGUUUUUUUUGGGUGCAUGCAGGGAAGCUGGGGCAUUUUGUUUUUCUAAAAAAUUGCAAAAAAAUGUCAGGCCUCUAUUUCUUAUACGAAUCUUUUGCCCUUUUGAAAUUAGUCUCCAAUUCUUUCAGUAGGCUGCAUUCCACAGUUCAGCCAUGGUUUUUGCCACUGGACUACAAUGACUGUGUAAGAGAGAGUGAGACUGACUUCUGUGUGGCUCUGCCUCACUCAGAUCCAGUUCCCACGCGAGUCAGGAUGUCACCUGUAAUGUCAUUGGUCCUCUUUGAAAAUGAAAGACAAACAACAAGAAGAACCACAGUGAAGGUAUCCCGUUUGGAACUGAGGCAGUAAGGUGGCCCAAUAGACUUGAUGUCACAGAGGCCCGAGUUUGAAUCCUGCCUUAAAUCUCCAACUAGCCUUUUGAACCUGAGCAAGUCAACCUGUCUGCCUUGGUUUCCUUCCUCACCUCUGGAAUGGGGAUAAUAAUAGCACCCAUUUCCCAGGGUUGUUAAGGAUCAAAGGAAACAGGAUUUGAAAAGUAGCUCCCAAACUUAAUGUUUAUUUUGACUUUUUUACCCACUUUUGCUAUUUCUUACUCUGUCUCAGGGGUUCUUAACUUUCUUUGUGUUAUGGCCCCAUUUGGCAAGCUGGUAAAGUCUAGGGACCCCUUCCUUCCCAGAAGAAUGUAUUUAAAUGCACAAGGUAAAAUACAUAGGAUUACAAAGGAAGCCAGUUAAUGUUGAAAUACAGUUACCAAUAUAAUAAUAAAGUUUGCAGAUCCCAGGUUAAGAGCCACUUAUCCCUUUCACCUUGCUUUUCUUUGUUUCCUUUUCCAUUUGCCUGGUCCUUGUUAAAACAGCCAAGCUUUAUCCAUCAGUUCUAUCAAAAAAAAAAAAAGUAUAGGGGGCAGCUAGGUGGCGCAGUGGAUAGAGCACCAGCCCUAAAGUCAGGA